UACCUGACCCGCGUGGACUAAUCAGCGCCAGCCUCGCCGAGGCUUUGUCUCGGAGCGGGGCGCGGGCCUUCUCCCGCCUCCCCGCGGGCGCACGCGCGCCCCGCCCUGCCCGCCUUCCCUCCCGCGCCCGCCCUCUCCUUUCUCCCUCUCAGAACCUUCCUGCCGCCGCGUUCGGAUCUCGCUGCUCCAGCCUCCGGGGCACGUCCCAUUCUAGCGGCCUGUGAGCGGCAGCAGCAGAGAAAAAAGAUUACCCCCCCCAUUUUCUUGCCCCCCACACACUUUUGAGGCGAACAAAAAUUUUUAAUUUGAACCAUGAGGGAAAUCGUGCACAUCCAGGCGGGCCAGUGUGGCAACCAGAUCGGUGCCAAGUUCUGGGAGGUGAUCAGCGAUGAACAUGGCAUCGACCCCACCGGCACCUACCACGGGGACAGCGACCUGCAGCUGGAUCGCAUCUCCGUGUAUUACAAUGAAGCCACAGGUGGAAAAUAUGUUCCUCGUGCUAUCUUGGUGGAUCUAGAACCAGGCACCAUGGACUCUGUUCGCUCAGGUCCUUUUGGCCAGAUCUUCAGGCCAGACAACUUUGUUUUUGGUCAGUCUGGGGCAGGCAACAACUGGGCCAAGGGCCACUAUACAGAGGGGGCCGAGCUGGUGGACUCGGUCCUGGACGUGGUGCGGAAGGAGGCUGAGAGCUGCGACUGCCUGCAGGGCUUCCAGCUGACGCACUCGCUGGGCGGCGGCACCGGCUCGGGCAUGGGCACGCUGCUCAUCAGCAAGAUCCGCGAGGAGUACCCUGACCGCAUCAUGAACACCUUCAGCGUGAUGCCCUCGCCCAAGGUGUCCGACACGGUGGUGGAGCCCUACAACGCCACGCUCUCGGUGCACCAGCUGGUGGAGAACACGGACGAGACCUACUGCAUCGACAACGAGGCGCUCUACGACAUCUGCUUCCGCACGCUCAAGCUGACCACGCCCACCUACGGCGACCUCAACCACCUGGUGUCGGCCACCAUGAGCGGCGUCACCACCUGCCUGCGCUUCCCGGGCCAGCUCAACGCCGACCUGCGCAAGCUGGCGGUGAACAUGGUGCCCUUCCCGCGCCUGCACUUCUUCAUGCCCGGCUUCGCGCCGCUCACCAGCCGCGGCAGCCAGCAGUACCGCGCGCUCACCGUGCCCGAGCUCACGCAGCAGAUGUUCGAC